AUGGCACUACCGCUACAGGAACUGAUCUCCCCACCCCAGGAAGAGAUCCCAACCGCAGAAGGAUACAUCACCGCCACAGAACGAGACAUCGCCACCCGAGGAAGAGACUCGAGACAGCUUCAUGCGCGCAUUGUGAGCGUAGCUGCGAAAGCUCUGGUCGAGAAGAAUAUCCCCUUCGUGGAGUAUGGGGAGCAGAUACAGUGGCGCUACGGAUACCCUGUGGUCCUUGCGCGCGUGGAGUGGGCGAUCCCCAAUGAACUAUUCUCGCUUGCGUCCAAAAUUCCAUCAGAACAGGGUUUCCCUGCUGUGCCCACAUCUUCAGGAGCUGCUUUUUGGUACGGAGAAUGGGAUCGAACUUGCACUACCCACAGUCUGGGCGAGUCUUGUCCGGUAUAUCUCUACCCGCUGUCACUUGUCGGCCUUGAGCUUCAGGACACCUGCAAAGUCACAUCCACCUUUGACCGCACGCUCAAGAUUCUGACGCCCAAGCCUACCAAAUGCAUGGUGUCGUUGCUUCGUCUUCUCCUCAACUACCCGCUUGGCGAUAUCUCCAGACGUCGAGUUAAAAUUGAUCUAUUGGCUUUUAUAUGCGGUUACGUUUUACGUGAAAAGCCGCUGAAUACGAAAGAGGGUGUAUACGACAACGGUGAGAGCGACGAAGAGUACCAAAACAAAGCCGGAGAGGCAUUGAGGGAAAUGGAAACUUGGGAUUGGGACGCUGGUAGAAAGGACUAUCUGAGCAUUGCUGAAACUAUGAUGCGAGACGCUCGGGUCAUUGACCAGUUAACUAGUUGCUGA